CAGACCUGUGAGAGCAAGUUCAGAGCAGUGACCAGUAUCUCACUAGCUUUACGCAUAGCUCACCAAAUGUACAAAUGUGAAACACUUUACAAGGAACGCGCUAUUAAUUUGUCAUUCGUUAUUAUGUGUUGAUAUUUAACGACUACCAUGGAGGUUAAUACUACGCUAUCAGGGCGCAACUUCAUAGACUUGCGCAUCUUAACGCAGAAACUUCUCUCUUCGGCGAACCGAUCCCAGCAAAUCCUGGACAAUGAAACGGAGCUCGUCUCCGAAGAGGAUCUGGACGUCAAUACAGACAUCUAUUCUAAAGUUUUCGUCACUGUGAUUUAUGUGCUAUUGUUUGUAAUUGGGUGUUUGGGGAACUCGAUCACCCUGUACACACUUCUCACGAAAAAAUCUCUUCAAAACCUCCAGAGUACGGUGCACUAUCACCUGGCGAGUCUGGCCAUAUCCGACCUGCUCAUCUUGAUCCUCUGCAUGCCCAUCGAGUUAUACAACUUCAUCUGGGUUCAUCACCCGUGGGCUUUUGGGGAGGCUGUUUGUAAAGGUUACUACUUUCUUCGGGACGGCUGCUCGUAUGCAACGGCGUUCAAUAUCGCCAGCCUGAGCGUGGAGCGCUUCAUGGCCAUCUGCCACCCGUUCAAGGCGAAGAGCAUCAUGUCGCGGAGCCGCACCAAGAAACUCAUCAGCGCCAUGUGGGUCGCGUCUUUUCUCCUGGCCACUCCGAUGCUUUUCACCAUGGGACAGCGACUGAUGAAGGAUGAGCUUAUAUGCACCACCAUCGUGUCCUCGAUAACUGCUAAGACCGUUCUACAGGUGAAUGCCUUCCUGUCCUUUGUGGUUCCCAUGGCACUGAUCUCCGUAUUAAAUGGAGUCAUAGCCAGUCAGCUGCUGCGCAUGUUUCGGGAGUCUGCCCAGGACAAUCGCAUCUGCAUCAUCGGAGGCAACGCUACUAUGCUUAGCGUCGCUGUUGAACCCAACCGUGCCCAAUCAAUGCGCCAUGGAGUCAUGGUGCUGCGUGCCGUGGUCAUUGCUUUUGUGGUGUGCUGGUUGCCGUAUCAUGCUCGAAGACUAAUGUACUGCUAUGUCACUGAAUGGACACAUGCUCUCUUCGAUUUCUACCACUACUUCUACAUGGUCACCAAUGUGCUCUUCUACGUCAGCUCGGCCAUCAACCCCAUUCUCUACAACCUCGUCUCGGCAAACUAUCGCCAAAUUUUUUUUUCCACGCUUCGCUACCUAAUCCUGCCGUGCCGCCAUGAUAAGCAGAAGCGCGUUCUCACCAGACACUCUAUCAGCAUCUGCAGCAACCAGACCUUCUCCACUAAUGUCAUCAAAGAAACCAUUUACUGAACACUGUCAAGAUUCAGCCAUUCCAUUCCUCUAUUUCACCCAGCCAAGGAGAGACCACUGAAGCGAAGCAUGUUUUCAUAGUGAGUUAUUAUUACAAGAAUUUAUUAUAUUUGUCUUACUGAAUCACCAAAUGGAGCUUUUGUGCAUUGGCGCCAGAGACACUUACCGUGUUUAUGGGAGGAAAUGUAGCACAAAAUACACUAAAUAAUGAGCCGAAACAGUGUAAAUACAAAUAUAUAUAUACAUAUAUAUAUAUAUCAAAUGUAUAUCCAGAUGUUCAUUGUUUCUCAUUUGAAAUAUGAAAUAUAACAAUGUUGUGCAGCUAAAUGAGUGAAAAGAGAAAAAAAUAUUAUGAAGGGAACAGACUGCAGACAGUUGCUGUUUUGUACCCAGAGUCCUUAUAUCCAGCUGAUUUAACACUGGAAUAACUGUGAACACAAGGACAUACACCAUUUUGAAUUUAAUUUUAUUCACUGGCACACAACAAGGAUAUUCAAAGUGGAGGCUGCUACAUUGUCAAAGAAGUGACUCUUGCUCGCAACACACAGAGACACUGUCACCAUUCCGUAGCCUUAGCAACAGUCUACAUACAAAGAAGGCAGUGCUCUUGUGUGAAAACCUGAAGAAGAAUGCUCUGUACCACAGGAUGACGGGUAUAAUUGAUUCUCUCAUUCUAAAGUAGCUUCAUUUAAACACUGCCUUGAUUUGCAAUUUGCAGACAGAGAGAGAGAGAGAGGGGAGAGUCUUCAGUGAUAAAAUAUGCAGCAUGGGCUCAUUGGAAAAACGUGUUAAAGUGUACCUAUACAUACAAUUCACUGCAGUUUCCAGCAGAAAUGAACACUGGCAGCAGUAAAACACCAACAACUUUUAUUCCUUUUUACACAAAUUAUUGUUACAAGGGCAGAUUGUCAAUUAAUAAAGACUUUAUGUUUAGUUCCUUGCACAGUACUAUUUUAUAACCUAAAAAAACUAAUACAUUUUUACAUUUGCAUCACAUAAUAUAUGUAUGGUUUUUCUGCCAUAGCAAAAUUGCUCUGUAGCUCACCUGGUACAGCGCUGCACUUGCAAUGUGACCACAAGUCAUGAUAAAAGAGCUUAAAGGCUUGUAAAAGCAAACAAAAAUGGCCUGUAUGCUUCAGCAAAAGCGUUUUUUUUUUUUUUUUUUUUUGACUCAUGUUUGCUUUUGUUAACAAUAUUGGUCAGGUUUAGUGUUGUGUUGUCUCGGUACCCAAAUUUCAGUAGUGGGUACAAAUGACAGUAAAAUUGAAUGGGUUUUAAUAACAAUUUCAGUACUGUGACGAGUCAGAAGGGUGUUGAUCCAUUUGCAGUUUAUUGAAGUGCUCAGACAAAGACAUAAACCAGGUAACAGGCAAAGGGUCGUGGCAGGCGGCAGACAGCAUGAACAGAAACAGGCAGGAGGUCGAGGCAGGCGGCAAACAGGAAUAAACAGUACACAGGCAAAGUUCGAGGCAGGCAGCAAGAAUCACAAAACAGGUAACAGUCCAAGUCAGUAACAAUAACUCAAACAGGGAAUAACGCUCAGAAAUGACAACCGUGGCUAAUCAAGACUUCGCAAUGAGAGUGAGUGUGAGAGCAGCUUAAAUAGUGAGAGUGAGAGAGAUGAUUGGCUGCAGGUGCGCGGGUGAUCAGUCCCAGGUAUGUGGGUGCAUGGGAAAUGUAGUCCAAUGAGAGCUAAUAUUCGGGUGACGGCUCCCUCUGGCGGUUCGGGAGAUCUGGUGCAGGUGACUCAAUCGUGAAAGGUACCACAGCAAAAACGGUUUUACUAUUUAAAAAAUAAAAUUGUUAAAUAAAUGAAAUAAGUCAAUUAUUAAUUAUUUGACAGCUUUCAAAUACUGUUCAGUUGAGUAAACACUGCAUUAAAAAUCAAAUGAAAAGUUAGUAAUAAAAUGAAAAACAAAGAAAAACAUUGUAGGUCACAGAACAAGUGGCAGGUUUAUUGCACUUACACUGCAAGACUUAAUGCACAGAUCUAUUUUGACAUAUCAGAUUUUUUUUUGUUGUAUCGUUCGUUACUAUGGUUAUCACAAUGUCAAACACUGAAAUUUCAGUUCAGUUCUGCUUUUUAAUACAGUUGUUACUCCUGAAACUUUGCAGUGUGUAGCAGCAUUAAAAAAUAAAUCGGUAACACUUUACAGUAAGGUUUAUUAGUUAACUAGUUAACAUGAACUAAUAAUGAACUGCACUUAUAUAGCAUUUAUUAAUUUUUGUUAAUGUUAAUUUCAACAUUUACUAAUACAUUAUUAAAAUCUCGUUAACAUUAGUUAAUGCACUGUGAACUAACAUGAACAAACAAUGAACAGCUGUAUUUUCAUUAACAAACAUUAAUGAAGAUUAGUAAAUACAGUAACAAAUGUAUUGCUCAUGGUUACUUCAUGUUAGUUACUACAUUAACUAAUGUUUAACUAAUGAACCUUAUUGUAAAGUGUUUCCAAUAAAUCUUUUAUUCAAAUUAUGAAUGGGUUGCUCUCCCGUUAUAAUCAUUGAAGCUGAUUUCAUUUCAGUUCAGCCACAGCAUAAGCUCACUGACUGAGUGAAAACAGAGAGAAACCGUUAUAAUCAAAAGAGCUGUCUAUACUGCACAAUGAAUCUCUUAUUUAUGUCUCUGAUUGGCCAUUGUGUUCAUUCUCUCAACUAACAUUUCUGUGUUUGGCUACAGUGCAAAAACAUGUUGUAAAUAGAAACUUUUGACACUCUUCAGAGUGCUCACAUAAACACGCAUGGGAGUGGUUGAAAGUAGCUGUCAACAAGCGGGUACCAAAUUGACCCGAAUUGACCCUGCAGAAAGCCUGGUAUCAUUACUUUUUUCUAAAACUUUUAUAAAAGUAUCGACUUGGUACCAAAGUACUGGUACUUUUAACAGCACUGCAACAUAAUAUUUAGCGACAUAAUAUAAUUUUACAGAAAUGUGAGAGGUUUCUCACUGCAGAGCCAAUGGGUGGAGCUUGACAUCCAGCUGCCCCUAUCUGGACCUUAGCCCAUGUAACAUUAACCCUAUCCCUAAACUUAAUUACGUUAAUCAGACUAGAUCCAGCUCCACCCAUUUGGGUCUGCAGUGGGUACCACUGGGUACCAUGUUUUUCCAAUAAGCCUGGGUUGAGAAUAUGGUUGCUGAAAGAAAAAGAAGUAGCACUUUUCAGGUGAUCUCUUUGAGUUCAUCUCUUAAAAAGUUUGGCCAGAAACUUCAGCUGAGCUUUACAUCAAACACACCCAUCGGUCACAGGGAACCAUUUAGAGAGAGAUGAGUGGGCUAGAAUGGUAGAUAGAAGGCCUGUGACGAUGUGGAUAAUGGAAUGUGAUAAAACUAAAGGAAAGCCAGAGAAAAAAAUUGAAAAUGGGAUAGUCUGCACUUUCUUGUGCCUUAGAAGUGAGGAUGAGUAAGAUGAGGGAGCUCUCUAGUUUAUGGUGCAGUGUAGGUAGCUGAUUUUCCAUAAACUGAUGUAGAUACAAAAUCACACACAAAAAAGAAGAUUAUAAAAAAAAUAUGAAGUUGGAAAUGAGGAAGGGUAGACCAUUUGAUUCAUGUUCCUAGCUUGUGAAUGGCCAACAUUGUGCUGAAGUUAUAGCAAAAGUAAUCACUUUCAGUUACUGAUUUCAUUAGCAUAUUUGCAGUCACUAUUAAUUUAUUUCACAAGUGAAAGUAUCCAAUAACAGGGCUGUUUCCAAGAUAAAAUAAGCGAUAUUCAGCUGGUCAUGUGAUCUCAACACAGGUGCACCCAUGAGUCAAUCUACUCCGUGUAAAAUAACAUUUUUGUUAGGCUUCUUAUAUUACUGGAUUCUUGAUGUGAAUAUAUAUGGACCACAUUUUGGCACCGUCUGGUUGAAAUUCAUCUAUAUAAACCACCGUGAGCGAAUUCUAGAGAACAGGGUGGAUAUUCACAGCAGGAAAGAAGCUGAGCACUUGAGUGGAGUUGUAGACCUGUAUGUUGAAGUAUACUGAAUGGAAAAAAAGUGUAUAACGUGGGUAUGAUGGCCAGGGCUGUAAGGGCAGAGCGAGCUACAUAAAAAAAAAAAAAAGAAGAAAAGGAGAAAGCAAACGUUAUGACAGACCACCUGCUGAGGCUGUAGAGAAAACAAGGCCAACACAGUAAGAAAGGUUCAAAUGUUUGCUUGAUGGCUCUCUGGGGUAUCCUGAGAAAUAACAGCCAUGUGGUCUGGUAUGUCUAACUCGUUUUGUUUUAGAUUAUCUAGAUAUUUGUCGCUAUGACUUUUUUAUUGUAAUUUUAUUGUUGUUGCCUUCAAAUCGAUACCUUUCUCUAUGUGAGCCUGAAAUAAGGCUACGCUAUAACAAAUUUUUAUGGCGCUAAACUGACUUUACAGUGUUUUAGAUCAGUAGUAAUCAAAUCACAGUUUAGACUGUGCCUCCAUGCUCAUAGUGUCAUCAAUCAAUGCAUUCAAAAGCCAUCUGAAUCAAUACAAUCUAAAUUCCACAGUUGAUGUUUACUCUGUUUGUGGUAUAUGUAACAUUCUGUGGGGAAAAAUUAAAUAUGUUAGUACUGCAGUUAAUACUGGGUUUGAAUAGUGUAUAUGUAUUGAUGUUGAUUUGUCUUGUUAUUAUUUCCUAAAUUAAGACUGAAGUUCACAUUUUUAUUCAUUUGGGAGAACAAUUCUGAAUAAUAAAUUGUUCAAAAAGCUUUUCUUCUGCAUCACACUUUAAUUGUUUAUCAAGCUUGUGAUGUUUAAUAAUGGAUUUCUGGCAGUCCACUAAAAUAUAAUGAGUUUGUUUUGGAAAUAAUUGAAUAAAAAUGGAAUUACGUUU